GUGGUGGUAUGCUACGGUAUUUUGUUUUGGUAAUUUGAUUAUUAUUUAAAGUGUUAAUCAUUUAGUUGCACUGUGUUAUGAGUUUAAAACUGCUUGUGUAGACUGUAAUAUUUUCCAAAAAUGAUGCUACUUUAAUAAAUCUAUUCAAGAUGGAAGAGGAACUUAGAUGUUUUGCAUGUAAAGAAUUUUACAAAGAACCAGUACUUCUACCUUGUGGUCAUGCUUUGUGUCGCACUUGUGCAGUGAAUUUACAACUUCACGUGCACGAAGGAGAAAACGUAGCACCUUCAAUAGAUUAUCACGAAGCUGAUAAAGCAUCCGUUUCUAGUGAAACUGACAGCGGUGUGGUAUGUGGAUCAAGGCCUAACAGUUACGCUGGAACUCCGGCUGCACCCGUGUAUUCACCCGCCGCUUUCUCGUUAAUUUGUCCAUUGUGUAGCAAACAAGUGUACUUAGAUGACAAUGGAGCUGAAGGUCUUCCGCCAUUUAGAGUUAUGCGGACUAUUGUGGAGAGAUUUGGUGGAACCACAGGGGCUCCUCUCGCAGAAGAGGCUUGUCAAAUGUGCGAAGGGGAGCGACGUGCUGCUGUUGUAAGGUGUGAACAAUGCUCAGUACGCUAUUGUGCUGGAUGUCGUGAUGCUUGGCAUCCUACUCGUGGACCAUUAGCCCAACAUGAACUCCGAACACUUGGUACAACUUGUGCUGAUCAUGGAUCUCCCCCAGUGCUCUAUUGUAAUACAUGUCUACUUCCUAUUUGUCACCGUUGCCUUGCUGAGAGACACUCUGUCCAUGAAACUCAACCUUUGACUAGUGCAGCAAGAGCCCAUAAGACUGAAUUAUCACAAUCACUGCAACAACUAUCUGAACAAGCCAAAGCUAUGACUGAAUAUAUACAGAUUAUUAAGGGUUCAGGGGACAAAAUUAAUGAGACAUGUGAAGAAUUAGAGAGACAAAUUGACAGUGCCUGCGCAGAAGUCACCUGCGCCAUAGAGUUAAGACGUGAUGAACUCAUCCGAGCUGCUAGAAACACACGUUCUCAAGCAAUUGCUAACAAUCGCUCACUCAAGUCACAAGCUGCUCAAAAACUUCGAGAAGCUACUGCUCUCCUUCACUUUUCUAUUGAAGCUUUAAAGGAAUCAGAUCAUGCAGCUUUCUUACAGGUUGGGAGCAUACUGUCUGCCCGAGCUCUGGAAACUGCCACAAACCUGGGAUCAUCUUUAGAUGCUCCACCCUCACCGCCAGCUCUUACUCUUGAUGUGGAGUCUGUACUACGGACCGUAAGGUCUAUGAACUUCAUUGAAUGCAUACCGCCGGGCGCGCCGGAGAUGGCUGUGGAGGCGUGCGCGGCGCGCGGGUGCUCGUGCACGCUGGCGUGGCGGGCGCCGGGCGCUCCAGCCUCCGUGCGGGGAUACGUGCUCGAGCUGGACGACGGGCUCGGCGGACCGUUCCGGGAAGUGUACUGCGGAAGAGAGACCGUGUGCACAAUCGACGGGCUACAUUACGCGUCGUUGUACAGCGCGCGAGUUAAAGCGUUCAAUGGCGCGGGGGAGGGACCCUAUAGCGAAGUCAUCGGCCUACAGACGUCGCCUGUGGCUUGGUUCACGUGGGACGUGCGGUUCGGGUGCGCGGACGGCGGCGUGGCGCUGAGCGCGGACGGUUUGUCGGCGUCGGCGGCGGGCUGGCAACCGCGCGUCGCGCUCGCCGACCAACCGCUGGCUCGCGGGCUGCACUACUGGCGGCUCCGGCUCGACCAGUAUGAUGGCGAUGCCGACCCCGCCUUCGGGAUCGCUCGUGCUGAUGUCGCGCGGGACAAAAUGCUUGGUAGCGACGCGCUCGGGUGGGCGAUGUACAUAGACGGGUGCCGGUCGUGGUUCGUGCACGGGGGCGCGCACGGCGGUCGGGCGGCGGGCGGCGUAGCGCGCGGCUCAACCGUCGGCGUACUGCUCGACCUCACGCGCGGCACGCUGCGCUUCACCGUGGACGAGCGCGCGCAGGGUGAUAUAGCAUUCACGGGCCUGCGAGGUGCCUUCUACCCGGCUGUUUCACUGAACCGAGGCGUUGCCGUCACGCUUCAACCCGGCCUCACUCCGCCACCAGAGUUGCUCAUGUCACAACUAGCGAUCGAAUGAAGACCGUCCUCAAAAUCACAAUUAGCCACCGCCUGGUCGGUAAGAAUAUAUCACAUGUCAGUUAUGUCUUACUUGCGUGUGUCGAUUAUUGAUGUGUAACAUCAAUAAAAGUGACCUCUCGCUUUCGUGCAAUUUGCGGGAUGGAAUGGGAGUGAUUACGUGAAGUAGGACGGAAGUGUGUAACAGGAAGUUUGGGAAGCGCGCGCUAUUUGAUUUGAUUUUAGAACAUAAUGUUCAAAUGGCUUAUUCCUUUUGUAGUAGGUUUUAUUUCUUUUUUUACUAAUAUAAGGCGAGGUUUCAAAUGUUACACAUCAUACGCGACAACUGUAAGGCUCGCUCGUUUUUUUUGUUUCAUUAGUUUCGUUUUUAUUGCAACGUGAAGCGGAAAUAAACUAAUCUACUGCGUUUACAAAAAUGUAAAUGUCAUGUGACUUUGGGUCACACAAACGGGCCGGCAUAGUCGGUUCAGCAGUAUUUGUGGAACAAUAAAGCCGACCCGUAGUAAUUACUGCUGAACAUUCAUCUACAUAAAUACGAUUUAACCGCCCGGCUGUGCCGAUUAAUGCUGGCCCAAUAGGGUAUUUGACAAGUUUUAGAAAACGAUCUCAGGUCACUUACUAAUGUUUAUGUAGUCCAAAAUAAGUGGAUAUUUUUCAUUCUGUUGUGUAAUUCAGUUAAAAUACUACAUUAAAAUUCAAUUUUCAAGUUGACGUGAAAUCGUGUCUCUGGACAUUAUGGCGUCUUAUUAGUGCGUAAUGUCACUAGCUAGUGUGACGUCAUUUCGGUGUUUUCCAUCACGUGACCAAGGAGCAAAUAAAUCAUUUUCAUUUAAUGAUUUCAUCGAAAAUUUAUUAAUUAUUUGUUCUUUCAGAAUAGUAAAAUCACUGAUAAUAUUCAUAUUACAUACAGUAACCAACAAUUGGUAUAUUAUUUUGCAUACUGUCAAAUAGCCUAUUAUGUGUGUAAGUAAAAUCCUAUAAAAUACCUACCUACCUACCUAAUAAUACCUAUGUCAAAAAUUUACAUAUUUACUAUAUAUUUGACGUGACACUAACUAUAUAUGAAACAAUGGGGCCUAAGAGAGCUAGCACUUUGUUUGCGGUUCUGUACCUAAGUAUUUUCGUACGUAUACGCAUGAAUGGGAAAAAAGAUCCUAACCUUUCUUGUUCUAAAGAAGUGUGCACACUGUUUGCGUAUAGUUCCAGUAACUUUUCCAUUACUUAAUAUUUUGUAUUAAGUCUCUAAAAUUUAAAUAUCUAAAAUUGAAAUUAAAUAUCCCGGUGUUAACUAAAUAAGAAAAUAAUAUUUUACAAACCUCCGACUAGAGAAAUUACAAGACUACUUUCUUAAGAUUUAUAAAUGUAGCAGUUAAAUGCUAAAAAAAUAAAAUAAAAGCUACGAAUACUGUUAAUGCGUAUACGCACGACGACUUGUAUUAUUGUAAUGUAAAGUAUUUCUUAUUUAUUUAAAUCAUGGUAGCAUAUCAAAACACAUUGGCAGCAGUUAAAGGUACAAAUGCUAGAAAUACUAGUCAUUUAUCGGAUUGUGUUCUAAAGCGUUAUUUUAAUUACUAAAUUAAUUAAUUAGAUUUUUAUGCACUAAAAUGACUUAAAUUACUACAUUUAUAAGUAGGUUAGAGAUUCACAUUUAUUAGUAAAUAUUGUUUUCUGUUUGUGUUCGUUCUAAUAAAAGGUGCUUUUUAAAUAUAUCCAGUACAGCUAUCUGAAAGCUCAAAAUUGUUUCAUCAUCUAUUGACCAUGGAUAAGGAAAUAGAAAAUCAUGCCUGGAUUAAUAAUUAUUAUAAAUUGCCACAAAUAAAGAAUAUAUAUAUCCGGAUACAUUCUAUAACAGUGUCCAUUUUCAUCAAGGUAGAAGCACGAAAAUUGUAUUUUGUAUUCUUACGGUUUUGGUUGUAUGUGUGAUAGUUAGGUUCAUUAACAUCUUGUGUGGAUUUUAAUGAUUGAUAGGUUGAUUUUUUUUAUAUUAAUAUCAUGUGCUUUUGAUGUAAUAUUAUUUAAAAUAGUGAACUUUAUAUUAUUGGCUCGAUCUCCAACUGAAAAGAGAUUUUUAUAUAAUUAUUUAUGUAUAUCUUUUACACUACUGCUAUGCAACGUAUUGUAUACAUGGAACAAACAGUUUAUAUUCUACCUAAUGCUAUUGUAAACUAUAAGUAGAUUGUUAACCAACGGUAUGAAUUGUAAUUUAAAAUAUAUUGCAUUAAUGUUACAGACGAUACGCCUACAGCUAUUAAGCCUGUAGCCCUAAUAAGUAUUUAUCAGUAAUAAUCAAAAUGUGCUCAAACACAUGGGCCACCAGAUUGCGUUAUAAUUACAUAGUGUUCGUUUAUAAACUAUCGACAGUUUAAAAUUGCACUAGCUAGAAUACAAUCUCUAUGUCGAUUCUGCGAAGUUUAAGUAAUAAUCUUGUGUCAAUGGUGUUUCAGUAGUUUUGAUUUUUGACACAGUGUUCAAUACUAAAAUUAAAAAUAAAUGUAUUAGGUUACCCAUUUAUAACUGUUAUCUCAAGGUAUUAUUUUUCUGUUUUAGUAACAGAAGCCAUGUUACAAAGCAAUACUAUCGAGUCAAGAUUUUUACUUUAGCGUAGCAGAUUCGACCCCCUGAUGGUUUGUAAAAUUGUACAAUGUCAUGUAGACCAUAUAUCACUGCCAUUUAACUAUAAUGUGUUAUAAAAUAUAAUGAAUACUAUAAGGCGUACCUGAGAUGUUACUGAAAUAUUCCAUUGCCCACCAAUGCGCACACUAUAUAAUAAUAUUAUCACAAUUACUACAGGUUUUAUUUUAAGUUGGAUUGUAAAACAACUUCACUUUCUAUAUCUACGGGGUUCUAAAUUAUCAAUAUUCGGUCAUCCACCAUAGAUAUGUUUUAUUUUCAUAAAAUGUCAAAUCAAGGUUCAUACCUUGAUUUGACAUUUUGCAUGUUUUGUUUUAUUAAUCAGAUGCAGUUAAAUAAUACCUUUUCAUUUCAUUUUACGUUCAUUUAAUGCUUCAUGAAAAUCUUGUCAUUGAAAAAUUCAACAUUAUGAAUGUUAUGUUAUGUGCAAUCUCGCUAUUUUAGAACCCCAGGACUGAAAAUGGACAGCAUGCCAACGAAUUACAAAUGAUAUGGAAUACGAACUGCUCUAAAAAGUGGUUCCACGCAAACUGCGAUCAAGUGGGCGGGCGAAAAAAAUGCCAUGAACACACUGAUUAUGGGAUUGGUCGGGGUUUCCUUUUAACAUUACCUUACCCAAUGAAUGGAUAGCCGAAUUCAUUUGCAGAUAUUUGAUUUGUCAAAUUAUUUUGUUUUAUAUUUGUGCGUGUCGAGUUAGUAUUAAAGUUUAAUUGUAUGAGUUUGAAACCAUGUUUUAGCGGCGUUUGUUAGAGAAUAAUGCUUCCAUACCAUUUCUGAUUCGUUGCAGCAUACCCAAAUUUAUUUCGUCUGAUUUAAUCUUUUUUUCGAUAAUUUAUAGUAAGGUUAUUUACAGGUGUUCCUCUUCUUUCAUAAAUAUAUUUAGAGAUACAGCCAAGUCUCAAUCAUAGUCACAACAUAUGUUUUAUUACCUAGAUUGAGACAUGGGAUAAUUUUUAUCCAGGAAAGCCCAGGAAAGGACGAAGUCCGUCUCGGGCGGCCGCUUGUAUAUUUAUUUAUAUUUAUUGUAUAAAGGUAACCGUAAUGGAAUUUUUAAUGUGUUCAUAUCAUAGAUAUAGAUAAAUCAGACGAGGAAUAAAGAAUAUGCUGUUGUUGGUGUCGAUUCUAGUAUGAUUCUCUAAACUUAAAACUAAUUUUUAUCAUCAGUCUCCCUUAUUCAUUUUGUAUUGAGAAUGACAACGAUAUAUUGUUGUCAAAUUUAAGUUUAGGUUUAGAGAAUUAUGCCGGGAUCGACACCACUGAAAGUAUAUUAUUAAAUGAAUUUUCUUUAUCUCUCAAUUUACUUUUUUUAUGGUUCUUCAAAAUGAACAUUUUCCUAUAAAUCAUAAAGUAAAGUAAAGAUAGUGCAAGCUCAGAAAUAUAAAAAAUAUCCAUUGAUUACCAUAUUUACUAAGUUUCCGAAAACUUGUGCACAAAUGAAACACUGGGAGACAAGAUGCAUCAUUUGCUGGCGUAAUAGUUUUACUUUCUCGUUAAUAACUGUAAAUAACUGUACUUUUGCUAUUUAGAGUUAAUAUUAGUUCUAAGUCCUACCUACUAGAAAAACAAACAUCAUGUCCAAAUGGAACGAUAUAGUUUUCAUCUUUGACGUUUUUUUUAUUGAGUGUGACCACUUAUAUUUUGACGAAACUUAUGGUAUAUUUUAUUAGAAAAAUUCCUACUCGUCACCGGAGGGGACAAAUCUAGGGGUGACGAACGGGAAAACCAAACAGUUCUGAGCUGCAUUUAAACAAAUUUUGUAUUUUAUUUUGUUCUUAAACUUCAGUUAAACGCCUGACUUUUUUGUAAUAAGGCUAUGAAAGUGUACAUACAAUCAAUUACACAGGAUGUUGGUUGGCUUUUCAAACCCUUCAUUAUUUACUUUCUAUGUACGUAUAUUCUACAGCAUUUAUUCGUCUGCUGAUACCCUAUUACUUAUAUAUGUAUGAAUAAAAAGAAUACAACAUUCAUUUGUCAUUCAUGUUAAUUUUUGAAGAUGUUUAUGAAUUUUCUUUUUUAUUGGGUAAUAAUUUAUGCAGCAAAUAGUUGUAUGAGAGAAUUUAAAAUUCCAUCCAAUCCAUGAGGCGUACAUUUUACUUGUCUAGGGCACAUACAUAAUUAUACAAUUCGUGCCGCUCUUCUGUAGCUUCUCCGCUCAUCACCUGUGCCAUUAUUUUGCCGAUUAUAAUGCCCCUUAUCUACCCAUGAUUUAAAACCUCUAUUAAAGAUUCUGAAACAGCUUAUUGCCAAAGUUAAAAUAUCCAAUGCCAUAAUAAAAAAAAACAUAUCAACCGUUUUUAAUUUUUUUUCAUAAUAACACUCGAUUUUUAAAUCCCUUUCGCGCCAUGAGCUUACUCAUCAGACAGUCUCAAUUUUCACUGCUCGAUGCGUGGUAUUAUGAAUUUCGAAAAAAGAACAUUGUAAACACAGUACCGAAAUUUGUCAUGAAUUUUAAGUUCUACUUUCAGAAUCUUUUAUAUAGAAUUCAUAUCAUGGGUGUUUUGUAUGCAAAUGUAGGUGUACCCUUAGUACGAACCAGUAUCGAAAUUGAAUAGUUGAAUUCGAUUUAGAUACUCGUCAAAUUUUAAGAAGUUUUGUAUGUAAAUUUGAACAGCGCCACAGCGGACGUAACGAGAACUAAAAAUCUUCCAUACAAAACUUCUUGAAAUUUAACGCGUAUCGAGAUCGAAUUCGAUAUUAGUUCGUGAUAUAGGUACUGUACCCCUAGCACGAACUAAUAUCGAAUUCGAAUAGUUUGCGAGUGCGAAAUGUCAUUGUCUGCUAAGGGUACUGUACUCUUAGCACGAACCAAUAUCAUAUUUAUAUUAUUCGAAUUCGAUAGAAGUAAGUGCGUUGUGGCGCUGCUGUUCAAGUUUCCAUGCAAAAUUUGACAAUGAAAUUUCAGACUCGCAAACAAUUUGAUAUUGGUUCGUGCUAAGGGUUCAGUUGUCUGUGAUCGGCAGAAAGUCAAUUCUUGCUUUUUUAAGUAAAAACAAUUUCACCUGGUUUUUUUUAAUGAAUUUACAGUAACUUUAAGCAGUUACCGAUUUACGUUAGACAAUAAGUAUUUAUAUAGAUAGUUAUUUUAAAGAACCUUUUGUCCUGUUAAUACAUUAUAAUGAAACCUGUAAAAUUAAGUGUCGGGCGCACAUGGGGCUACUUAUUCCAUAGGUACUUAAUCAAUUAUGACUGAUUUAUAUUAAAUUAUUACAACAUUACAGGUGUUUUAUUGAAAAUCUGUACAUACCUAACAUGAGUUUGUAUGGUGUAAUGAUUUUUAAACAAGAUUUAGGUAAACUAUUCGAUACUGGUUCGAAAAAAAAGAAAAGAAUAAGGUACCAAUUUUAAUUUGCUUUUACCAUUUAAGUUUCGAACAUGAUAGGUUUUUACCUUAGAUUAAAAACAAAAAGGGAAGAUACCUACGGCACUCGCGGCUAGGGGUGUCCACUCUGCAAAAACAUCGAUGUAUUUUUUGAUUCGAUACAUCGCAACUAUGUAUUUCAAACAUCGAGUACUUUUUCUUAAAUUUAAAAAAUUUUUGCUCUCUGUCAAUAGAAUAUUAGAAAUAUACUUCAAUCUUAGUUUGUUUCACAAAAUCAAAGGUUAUUAAAUGUUUAUAAACAUAGAAACUCGUAGUUAUUUUUUAUUGUCACUGCACUGACUCUUGCGCAGUGCUGCCAACAUCGGAGCCAUAUCAGAGAAUUCGGAAUGCUUUCAUAACAGUAAGUAAAAUUUUAGUGGUCAAACUUAAGUUUUUUUUUACUGAUGUUAAACCAAAAAGAGGAUAUUAUCACUACGUGGUCAAACUGUAUUACCAAUUCGAUGUUUUUUUAAACAUCGAUGCAUCGAGUAUAUUGAAAGCUUUUCAAAACAUCGGAUCGAUUCGAUGUUUUUCAUUGCAAACAUCGAUGUUUUCGAUGCAUCGAUGUAUAUCGAAUAUCCCUACGCGCGGCUCAAAAGUGAUCCGCUUAAAAUGUGGUGCAUGACCAUAAUUCGCUUUAGUCACAAUUGGACAUUCAAAUACGCUGCAUGUGCACUAUAUAACAAUAUUGCGUAUGUUCUGUGUUAUAAAGAUAAAGCAAUGCCUUCGAUGCUUUUAUAAAGAACACAAAUAGUUCAAAAUCAAAUAACAAAUGCCUCGGCAACACCUUUCAUCCGUAAAACUGUAGAAAAAAAAUCUCAAAAAUUACGGUUCGUCGUGAAUGUUAUUUACGUAAUCGCCAUUAUGUUAUCAAGAAAAGGACAACAAUACAGCUC